AUGGUGCUGGACAAAAUUGACGACACUGUCCCUUUUUGCAAGCCACCCUUGCUGAAUCUUCAUACUAGCACCUCUUUUGAAGGAUUUACACAUAAUGAUGGAAAGAAAGAGAGCAGAUCGGAUGCAGACAACUCAGAAGGAGAGAAGAAGACUAAAAUAGCCUCCUUCAAGAAGAAGGCAAUUAACGCAGGGAACAAAUUCAGACAUUCCCUAAGGAGGAGAAGCAAAAAGAAGAAUGAAAAUCAGAUUUCCAUCGAGGACAUAAGAGAUGUUCAAGAUCUACAGGCCGUUGAAGCAUUUCGACAGUGCUUGCUUGAUGAGGACUUGUUGCCGCAACAACAUGACGAUUACCACAUGAUGCUGAGGUUCCUGAAGGCACGGAAGUUUGAUGUUGAGAAGGCAAAGCUUAUGUGGUCUGAUAUGCUUGCAUGGAGAAAGGAAUUUGGGACCGACAAUAUAGAGGAAUUUGAUUACUCUGAGUUAAAUGAAGUUAUGAAGUAUUAUCCACAGUUUUACCAUGGGGUGGAUAAAGAUGGAAGACCUGUCUAUGUAGAGUUAAUAGGAAAAGUUGAUGCCAACAAGGUGGUGCAAGUAACAACUAUAGACCGAUAUGUGAAAUAUCAUGUCAAGGAGUUUGAGAAAUGUUUCCAGAUGAGAUUUCCAGCUUGCUCAAUUGCUGCAAAACGGCACCUGGACUCGUGCACUACUAUUCUGGAUGUGCAAGGCGUGGGAUUGAAGAACUUCUCGAAAACUGCAAGGGAACUAAUCACCCGACUGCAGAAGAUUGACAGCGACAACUACCCAGAGACAUUAUGCCGGAUGUACAUAAUUAAUGCUGGUCAAGGCUUCAAGAUGUUAUGGGGCACAAUAAAGUCUUUUCUUGAUCCGAAAACUGCUUCAAAGAUUCAUGUUCUUGGAACCAAGUACCAAAAUAAGCUACUUGAAAUAAUCGAUGAGAGUGAAUUGCCAGAAUUUUUUGGUGGCAAAUGCAAGUGUGAAGAACAUGGAGGUUGUCAGAGAUCAGAUAAAGGUCCUUGGAAGGAUCCCACCACAAUAAAGAGGGUCCUGAAUGGUGAGGCAAACUACGACAGACAAAUCGUGACCAUAUCAGGCACUGAUGGCAAGAUCAUCGGUUAUGCUAGGCCGCAGCGCCCAAAUCAGGGAAAGGGCAGUGAUGCAUCUGCUGAGUCUGGGUCUGAAGUGGAAGAUGCUACAUCUCCUACUGCACCAAAGACCCUCAUAACAAACCCUUCUUUGACCCCUGUUCAUGAGGAGUCAAAAUUUGCAACACAUGCAUCCACGUCUGCUGUUCGCCCCACUAUUGAAGAAAGCAUCCCUGUUGUUGACAAGGUUGUGGACGACGGAUGGAGCAGCCCCAGAGCUAGUCCAGUGUCUUCUUCCUCAGGUUCAUUAUCCUUGAGAAAUCUACCGACCACAUUCGAAGGAAUUCGGACAUUGGCUGUCGCAUGGCUGACAGUCUUCAUCGUGACCCUUUUCGCCAUGUUUCGAAGUAUCCCGAGCAGAAUGGCCAAAAGGCUCUCGAACCAAUCCAAUGAUCACGACCACUAUUACGUGGACUGCCCUCAAGAGCAAGAGUACAAGGAGGAGUUCCGACCUCCGUCUCCUGCCCCGGCCUACACGGAGAAGGAAAUCCUCUCAACUCUGGUAAGACGGCUAGGUGAGCUGGAGGAGAAGGUGCAGGCGCUUGAAAAAAAGCCAUCCGAGAUGCCAUUCGAGAAGGAGGAGCUGCUCAAUGCGUCCGCCCGCCGUGUGGACGCCUUGGAAGCCGACUUGAUUUCUACAAAGAAGGCCCUCUACGAGGCGCUGAUGCGUCAGGACGAGCUGCUCGCAUUCAUCGACAAGCAAGACAUGCUCAAGUUCCGCAAGAAGAAAUUCUGCUUCUGA